AGGCCUCGAGCUUGGAUAUGAUUGUGGCAAAUCACUCUCCACUGCAAGGUCAGGCAGCAAUCGCCAAGCACUUCCCCGUGCGGAAUAAUGUUUAACGCAUGUUGCUGCAACAAGGAGCUCUCGGAAAGUGGCGGCCCCCUCGAUCUGAACGACGAGUACAAACCCCAGGAGAAGGACCAGGAAGGCCAUGAUAGUCAGCCCGGUACGCCCACAACGACUGGCGCAAGAGGCGGAUUCUGGAAGUUCUCCGAGGGCGUCCAGAAUGUAGUCGGGGCUAUCCAACAGCAGGCCGACCACAUAGUCGAUGGCAUCCAGGACCAGGCUGCGCAAGUCACUAAUCUAUUAUCACACGGAGUCGCUGAUGCGCUCCAUUUGGAUGAUAAGUUCAAGGCGAUGGCAGAUAAUGUGUUGGACCAGAUGGCCCCUAGAGCUGGAGAGUUGACAAUCGACGAGGCUCAAGAAUUCAUUCCUGCCUUCAAGAGGCUUGACCAAGCAACGUCAAGAGAUUUCGACGGCGAGGCAACGGAAGCCUGCACCAAUAAGAUAUUGGGCUACCGUUCCAAGAUCCACGAUUUCUGCGAGGACGUAGUGGAUUGUUUCGCGGACAUGGCGAGUGAUCCUUCGACGGGUGUUUUGAAUUGUUUGUAUCGAGUUAUUAGUUGGAUUAUGCGAGCAUGCAAAGAAGGGGUUCAGAUGGCCGUGGACUUGCUCAAGAAAGUCAUUCCGGAUUGCAUCGAGCCGUGUUGCUUCUCUUGUCUUAGCCUCGAGGGGAAGUUGGUCGGUUGGGUGACGGCAACGUUCAACAAAGUUGUGGACAUCCUCGAGGGCGUCAUCCAGGAGGCCUUGAAGAGCGCCGGCGUGCCCGACUGGAUCUGCGACAGGGUGGAUUUCAACGGCAACGCCUCCGCAGACCGCGCGCAGGACGACGACGAGCCGGUGAAGGUCAGGAAGGCGCGCGAGGCAGCAGGGGAGGCGGCGCCGCCCCAGAUGUCCAUCGAGGCCGAGGGCGAGCUGGCCCAGGCCGUCCAGGUGUGAGCCGAGGCUCCGGGGGCUGAGAGCAGAGGCGGCGCAUCAGUGCAGCGCCAGGGCGAGAAAUGCCGCAGCGGGUUCCGCCGCGUUGCCAGCACGCUUGGUUCCGUCACUUGCCCGCAAUGUUUCAACACUGCUGGUAAUACUAUUCCUUCGACCUACUACUACGACUACUUCGUGGUCACACGCCUGGAAAGACAGUUUCUAGACUUCUCUGCCCAGUCCGUACUUAUACACCUGAGGCCUCCACAUCUUCCGUUGUUUCUCAUUGCACCGUUGUGGCGAAGCGGGAUUUGCACAAAGUGUUGUAAUGUAGUCACUUCUGUGCAUUGCGUCUGGAAGUGCGAUAGGGUAAUAAUUGAUUGACCUACGACGAUGCGUUUGUUCCUCAUGCAUGCGGACAAUGCGCCCCAGAGCCAGUCCCUGUACUUCAGGUGUACCUGGACGAUCUGCAAGUGUUGUUUGGUUUCCAGCUGUUGUAUCAGAAUUGUCUGACCUACGAGGAUUGGUUUGUUCUUUGUGCAAGCGGACAACGUGCCACAAGGCCAGUCCCUGUACUUGAGAUGCGCCUGGAUGAUCUGCAAGCGUUGUUUGGUGUUGACCUGUUCGCCGUCUUGGUGGCCAAGAAAAAGGGCGUGCAAUCGUAAUCAUAUAUCAGGGCGCAAUGUUUGGAGGAGGGCAGGGAGGGAAGAUGGAUGCAAGUGCUCAUGUAUGCGGGCAGUGUGGAAGUAAUGAGAAGGUAGGUGGCCGGUUCACCUUUUGUAGGUCACAGCGGCGUGCGACACUUGACGGAGAGAGCGGUCUACGCCAGGGUUCCACCCAUGGGUUUCCAUUGUUGUCCGAACAUUGGCAUUGGACCUUUUGGAGGCGUCUUGGAGGUCAUUUUGAAGACCUCGCAUUAGGUCUAGGGGAUCGUUGUGGACAUGUUGGCCAGAUGUGGUGUUUCCUGAGACCAUCGUAGAUGCCGCGUUGAGUCAGAUUGGCCUUUCUUGCGCCAUAGUGGAGCCUUGCGCAUUCGCGACGGUAAGAAUGGUAAUGGUGGUUGUGCCAGUGGUUAUUGUCAUCGCGUUGAUCUUGAUAGGGAGACGGUUGAGCUUCGGAGUGUAAUUGAAUUAUGGAUGUAGCAAGGACUCUGCGCACGGUGCGCAUGCAAUGUUCCAUUUGGCGAAAUUGUGUGUGUCGUUGUUCGUUUUUCUGCACGUCCCGAUGUCUCUGGCCAGAUGUUCGACAACCGCUCUGCAUCUUUCAUACCAGUGUUGCUCCCUCCUCUUUCUCCGCGUUCGCCUGCUCUUCCUCUCCGUCUUUCAGUUGAGCGGGCUUCGAUUCCAUCCUCUUGCUCCUCUUCUUCUUCCUCUUCAUCCUCCUCCUGUUCCUUCUGUUCCUCGUCCUCACCCUCGUCCUCCCAAUUCCCGUCGCGAGCCUCAGGAUCUCUGGAGGUGACCGCGCCGAGAGGGGCGGGGGCGAAGGGCGAGGCGACCGCGGGCGCGAGCGCCGCGGCGGCACUGCUCCCGAGGAGCAGCACCGCAGCCGCUCCGGGCGGCGACGCAGCCGCAGCCGCUCCGGGCGGCGGCGCAGCCGCUCGGCGCGCGGGCGCGAGGGGAGGCGGGCCCCGGCCGGCGUGGGGCGGACGUCGGGGCCCGAGGGAGCGCCGGAGUCGAAGAA